CCAUAUCUGCAGUGAAAACUGCAUGUGAUAUGUAUAUAAUUUAGCCAUUUACAUACCAUAAUUAGAUUCAUAAUUAAAUAACAUGUUAAAAUAACAUGAUAAGACACAGUGCAAAGCAUGAUUUGCUUAAUUUUUAGCUGGUUAUGGAAAUAACGACCUUGGUGGCAGUUGCAAUGUGUGUACUUAUGUAUAAAUGUAGCAUUUUGUUUCAUGAUAAUUUCAGAACAAAAAUCUCAUAAUUUCUGUACAAAACUCUAUUAUACUCCUUUACUUGCACAUGCAGCUGCACAUAGCUCUCUCUCUCUCUCUCUCGCUCUCGCUCUGCUAUUGAUACUGCAUUGUCAGAGUUUAGAAAAUCACUUGCGUCAGAGCUCCUUUCUGGCUAUAUAAGCAGCACCGACUGCGGUAGGAGCAGCAGAUCAGUUUGAAGGCUGAUCGAGCUGACUGUGGUACUGAGGCACAGAGCAGCUUGUCCUUGGAGCCAUGAGUGCCAUCGGGUUUGACCCCUACUUCUCGUCCUCUUACAAGCGCUGGUAUGUGGAGAGCAGCCCCCGGGUGUCUCAGCGCGGUCGGUCCCGCACCACUUUCUCCGCCCAUCCCCCUUCUCUCUCCUCAAGCCGCCUCCACUAUGCCUCCCCCGGCCGGACUUCCGCCGGUCUGCUGAUGAGCAGCCCCGGCCGCUCUGUGGACAUGGACAUCAGCCACGCCGCCCAGGUAAGCUCCGAAUUCCGGGCAGUCCGAACUCAGGAGAAGGCCCAGAUGCAAGAGCUCAAUGACCGCUUCGCUGGUUACAUCGAGCGCGUCCACGAACUAGAGCAGCAGAACCGUGCCCUGGAGGCUGAGCUGCUCCUGCUGAGGCAGAGGCAUGUUGAGCCUUCCCGCUUGAGGGGCCUGUAUGAGCAGGAGGUCCGCACUCUGAGAGCCGCCGUCGAGGAGGCGCGCAUGGAAAGGCAGGCUGCUCUGAGCCAUCGGGAGACCAUGGAAAAUGCCUUGCGGAGUCUGCAGGCCAGCUACGAGGAAGAGGUGGUCGCUCGCGAGGAUGCCGAAGGCAGGCUUCUGGAGGCCCGCAAGGAGGCCGACGAUGGUGCUCUGGCUCAAGUGGAACUGGAGAAAAAGGUUGAUUUGUUGCUAAACGAGCUGGCGUUCCUGAAAAAGGUCCACGAAGGUGAGAUCUCAGAGCUGCAGGCCCAAAUUCAAUAUGGAGCCCAGAUCGCCAUUGAGGCGGAAGCCGCCAAGCCUGAUCUGUCCAGCGCUCUACGCGACAUCCGAGCCCAGUACGAGAAGCUGGCAGCCAAGAACAUCCAGUCAGCUGAAGAAUGGUUCCGUGGGAAGAUGGGCCACCUGACGGAGAGCGUGGUGCACCAUACUGACGCAGUGAGAAGCUCUAAGGAUGAAGCGGGAGAGUAUCGCCGCCAACUUCAAGCAUGUGUCCUUGAGAUCGAUGCCUGCAAGGGCUUGAAUGAGUCUCUGGAGAAACAGCUCAGGGAGGUGGAGGACAAGCAGAGUUCAGAGAUUGCUGCUAUGCAGGAUACAAUCAGUGACCUUGAGGAUGAACUUCGAGCCACUAAGGGUGAAAUGGCAAGAUAUCUUAAAGAAUACCAGGAUCUUCUCAAUGUCAAGAUGGCCCUUGAUAUUGAGAUUGCUGCUUACAGGAAGUUGCUUGAGGGGGAGGAGUCUCGCUUCAACGUGGGCAUGGGAGGUUUGGUCGGUGGCUACUCUGUUGGUCCCGUCUACUCCCGACCCAUGUUCUCACUGUCCACCUUGAGCUCUGGCUCCCCCUACCUGCUUGGAUCUCGCCUGGUUAGUGCAUCCCUCUCAGCCGAUGAGGCCAUCACAUCCAGUCAAGCUCAGGAAGCUGCAGCCAGUCCUAGCAAGGAAGAGGAAGAAGCAGAAGAGGAGAAAGAAGAAGAGGAGGAAGUAAAGGAAGAGGAAGCGGAAGAGAAGGAGGAGGAAGAAGAAGAAACAAAGGAGGAGGAAGAGGAAGGUGCUGAACAGGAAGAGGAAAAGGAAAAGGAAGAGGAAGCUACAGCAGAGGAAGAGGAAGCUGGAGCAGAAGAAGAGGAAGCUGCAGCAGAGGAAGAAGAAAAAGGAGACAAGGAAGAGGAGACUGAAGUAAAGGAAGGGGAAGAAGAGGAAGGUGGGGAAGAGGGUGAGCAGAAAGAGGGAGAGGAGGAAGAGGGAGAGAAGGGUGAGGAGGAGGAAGCGGCUGCAGAGGAGGAUACUGAGACAGAGAAAACUGAGACAGAGAAAACUGAGGAGAAAGCUGACACAAGUGCUGAUAAGGCCAAAGAGGAAGAUGCUAAAACAGAAAAGGUAGAGAAGGAAAAAGUCGAGCCUAAGGCUGAAAAAGCCAAAGAGGAAGUCAAACCUGAACCAGCCAAAGAGAAAGCCAAGGAGAAAACUGAACCUGCACCUGAACCAGAGUCAAAGGAAAAAGUGAAGGAAGAGCCAGAAAAACCCAAAGCUAAAGAAAAGGCAGAGCCAGAAAAGCCUAAGGAAAAAGACGAAGGUGACAAAGCCAAGAGUGAGAAAAAGGAAGCUGUGAAGCAGGAAAAGGGAAAGGAGGAGGCUGAGAAACCCAAGGGGAAGAAGUGAUGAGUCAGAUCUUUUAACAGCACAAAUAUCAGUAGCCUGACCUGCUUCUCUAGUUCUCCUUCAGUCUGUAACUAUCAAUAUGCCUUGAUCAAUGGUGCUCAGAGUAAAUUGCAGUACAAUGUUUGAAACCACAGUCAACUUUAUCAGCUUUUAAAACAUAAUGAUUGUCUGAUGUUACUGAGAUGAUCUGCAUAUCUGAGUGAAUGUAUGCUUGUGAACUAGAUUAUAUUUUUGAAUGAAGCAUCAGUCUUGCAAUAGAUUGUGAAAAGUGAAACUUUGCUGCCAGUGCAAUAAAAGCGUGCUUCUUGAUGAUCAAAAAGUUUUACUGAAUUUUU